UCAUCUUCACUUUUGCUGUCUUUUAAAGACGACAUCUUCACUCUUCUCUUGUAAAAUGUUUAUUUUCAUUUCUCUGUGUUCGAUCGAGCACCGCCGUCUUCGUCACGUCAAGAGAUUCGUUCCUCUCAAUUUGGAAGUAUACCAUGGCUCUCCUUUCCCAGGUAGGUCCCUCAUAUUGUGGUCAGACUGAGACAACAUGUUGUAAAACUGGGCAUAGUCUGGUGUUUAGCAUGGCCAGUGAUAUAGAGACAUUCAAAAUGAAGGAAACAUGUUCUAGUUUCCCUUUGUUAUCAUUUAGUUCUACCAAGAAAGGGCAGAUUUUGCGCAUGGACAACACAGGGUUGGGACUCAGAAGAAUAAAUCAAUUGGUUGUAGCUGCUAGUCCUCCUACAGAGGAUGCUGUCAUUGCUGCAGAGCCACUAACGAAAGAGGAUCUUGUCGCAUACCUUGCCUCUGGUUGCAAGCCUAUGGAAAAAUGGAGGAUUGGUACUGGACAUGAGAAGUUUGGUUUUGAGUUUGGAAGUUUACUUCCCAUGAAAUAUGAACAAAUUGCUAAUUUGCUCAACGGUAUUGCUGAGAGAUUUGACUGGGAAAAAAUAAUGGAAGGUGACAACAUCAUAGGGCUUAAACAGGGAAAGCAAAUCAUAUCAUUGGAGCCGGGUGGUCAGUUUGAGCUUAGUGGUGCUCCUCUUGAAACUUUGCAUCAAACUUGUGCUGAGGUUAAUUCACAUCUUUAUCAGGUUAGUUUAAAUGAUGCACUAAUGUGCGUGAACUAGACUCUUGAGGCUAGU